AUGACAACGCCAGGCUUUUCUGCCAUGAAUCUCCUUCGUGUAGCUCGUCCCGACUGGGUUCCCAGCAGGGAUGUCAAGCCCAAUGCAACGGAACACGCCAAGGUAGCAUUGGUCCGUUGUCCCUCCCUUCCGACAGCACUGCCACAUUGGUGCUUCAGCCCUGAGAGGCAACCAUGUGCCAUGGCGGAUAACCGCAUCCCUACAUGCGUUGGGUGCGCGCGGAAGCACCAAUUGAUCCGAGAUCAACGGACGCAGCAGAGCGGCGCCUUGAUUCGUUUUGGACUUGCCGCAUCUGCAUCAUGCGGCAAACCGCCCACGCGAUACAGAGUUUUCUCCGCGUCUGUCGUAUGCCUCGCCAUUGCAAAGUCGCUGUUUGGAUGGCUGUUGAUCUUGUUGCGGGCGGUUGGCGUCGCACAAUUGCCGCUGGCUUGUUGUUUCCAGACCUCCCCAACGGCAUGCUGA